UCUCCCUCUCUCUCUCUCUGUCUCUCUCAAUAGAGAAUACAAUUUCAAGUAAGCUAGAAUAAUUGCCUCCAUCGUUUUUAAUUAUUAUGUAUGCCGCUGUCAAACCGUUAUCGAAAUAUCUACGCCUAAAGUCGGUACGGAUCUACGAUCCGAUAUUCACAUUGCACUCGAAAUGCACUAUAGUCAUCCUGUUGACCUGCACAUUUCUGUUGUCGGCCAAACAGUAUUUCGGUGAGCCCAUACUCUGCAUUAGCUCCGAUAAGCACACGGAAUAUGUACAAUCCUAUUGCUGGACCAUGGGCACGUAUAUACUGCCAUCUGCCAUGGAGAGCAAUUAUACGAGUAAGAGGAGUGCCAGUUCCAGUUCCAGUGGCAGUGCCAGUGCCAGUUCCAGUUCAAGAAAUCCAGGCAUCCAGGUGGAACAAUUACCCAAUACACACUAUUUGAAUGUGAGCAGUUUGCGUGCUCUGGUGGCCCAGAAUGAGGAAUAUGCUCGCAUCAUUUCGAUUGCCGAGGGUGUUGGACCGGAGACGCGCGGUGUAACCAAACGCCUGUAUUUGCGCUACUAUCAAUGGGUAUUCAUGAUAUUGCUAUUUCAAUCGUUGCUCUUCUAUUUCCCAUCGUAUCUAUGGAAAGUGUGGGAGGGACAACGAAUGGAGCAAUUAUGCUGUGAAGUGGGCGAUGCCAUCAUACUGGACGAUAUCUAUAGGACACGCUUGCAAAUGCUAACGAAAUAUUUUCGUUCACAUUUUUCACCCAUCCAUUGUUGCUAUUCGAUCAAGUAUGCCUUCUGUGAGUUCCUCAAUUUGGCCAUUAGUAUACUAAAUAUCUGGCUAAUGGAUGUUAUAUUUAAUGGCUUUUGGUAUAAAUAUAUUCACGCCCUGGCUGCGAUACCUGUUUACGAUUGGAAUCUAUGGAAUGUGAUGACAUCGCGUGUCUUUCCCAAGGUGGCAAAGUGUGAAAUGUUUGUUUAUGGUCCGAGUGGUACACCAAAUAUUUUGGAUAUUCUAUGCGUCCUGCCGCUCAAUAUAUUGAAUGAGAAAAUCUUUGCUGUCCUUUAUGUAUGGUUUCUAUUCAUUGCCAUGCUGGCGGCCAUUAAUAUUUUAUAUCGUUUGCUUCUAAUCUGUUGCUCUGAAUUGAGAUUGCAAUUGUUGCGUACCCAUUUGAGAGGUAUGCCCAAGCAUCAUGUCCGUCAAGUGUUGGCCAAAUCCGGUUAUGGUGAUUGGUUUGUUCUAAUGAAUGUUGGCAUCAAUGUCAAUCCAACGUUAUUUCGUGAAUUGCUCGAUCAACUGUAUGAGGAGCAGAAAUCUCAUCUUGGUGUUGGUGUCUAUGGUGUACAUUCAUCGUUGAUACCGCCAUCCGCCCCGUUGGCCAAGCCGGAAGAUGCCGAUAUCGAUCACCAUGAUAGCGAUGAUAUUGAUCCAUCCGCUGUCGACGAUGACGACGUUGAGGAUGAUGAGGAUGAUGAGGGUGAUGAGGAUGAUGAGGACGACGACGAAAAUGAUGAAGAUAUGGAGGAGGCGGCAAUCGUUAAUGUUGAUCAGAAUUCACAAGCAAGAACUGCCACACCUGCCUCAGGUGUCAAUCUAAUGUCACCCAAUGAUGAAAUAAUCAGCAUCGAUAGAUACUACAAUGAGAGUCAUGCCUGAAAUUGAUUUUGUGUUUUUUUUUUUUUCUCAUUUUCU